AGACGACCUUGUGCGCGAAUUUCCCUCGCCUCUGCGUCUCUGACAAGGCGGGCAAGCGGACUGACCCAGAGAAUCCUAGCGAUGACCCCGAUAUGUGGCCGCUUUAGUUUACCUCAAUCUUCGAUAGCCGAACCAUGAUUAAGUUCCUAUCUCUGAUUCUUUUGUUACUGUCUGGAAGAGGAGCGCUGUCAGAGGAAAAACAAAAGGAGACUAAAGAUACCAAAUAUGGAACUAUCAUUGGCAUCGACUUGGGUACUACCUACUCUUGUGUAGGAGUGUACAAAAACGGAAGAGUUGAAAUCAUCGCCAACGAUCAAGGAAACCGUAUCACCCCAUCGUACGUUGCAUUUUCACAAGAAAAUGGUGAACGUAUGAUCGGUGAUGCUGCAAAAAACCAGCUGACCAUCAAUCCCGAAAACACAGUUUUUGAUGCCAAGCGGUUGAUUGGUCGUGAUUUUAACGAUAAGACCGUACAGGACGAUAUUAAGCUAUGGCCGUUCAGGGUCUCCGACAAGAACAACAAGCCGCAUGUUGUUGUCAAAGUUGGCAAAGAAGACAAGCAGUUUGCUCCGGAAGAAGUCUCUGCAAUGGUUCUGACAAAGAUGAAGGAAAUUGCUGAAUCAUAUCUUGGAAAAGAAGUCAAGAAUGCAGUUGUAACUGUGCCUGCUUACUUCAACGACGCUCAGCGACAGGCCACUAAAGAUGCUGGAACAAUCGCUGGUCUGAAUGUUGUUCGAAUUAUAAACGAACCUACAGCAGCAGCCAUCGCAUAUGGUCUCGACAAGAAGGAAGGAGAACGAAACAUUCUUGUCUUCGAUUUGGGAGGUGGCACAUUUGAUGUCUCCAUGCUGACGAUCGACAAUGGAGUAUUCGAAGUACUUGCAACGAACGGAGACACUCACCUUGGAGGAGAAGACUUCGACCAACGUGUCAUGGAAUACUUCAUCAAAAUGUACAAGAAGAAAACUGGCAAAGAUCUCCGCAAGGACAAUCGGGCUGUCCAAAAGCUUCGUAGAGAAGUUGAGAAGGCAAAACGAGCUCUGUCCACUCAACAUCAAACCAAAGUUGAAGUGGAGGCAAUUUAUGAAGGCGAAGACUUCUCGGAAACUCUUACUCGCGCCAAGUUCGAGGAACUGAAUAUGGAUCUGUUCCGCGCAACUUUGAAGCCAGUUCAGAAGGUCCUCGAAGACUCCGACUUGAAGAAGGAUGACGUGCACGAAAUAGUUCUUGUGGGAGGGUCCACCAGAAUUCCAAAGGUCCAGCAGCUCAUCAAAGAUUUCUUCAAUGGCAAAGAGCCUUCGCGUGGUAUCAAUCCCGAUGAAGCUGUUGCCUAUGGAGCUGCUGUACAGGCUGGGGUAAUCAGCGGAGAAGAGAACACAGGAGAUAUUGUUUUGUUGGAUGUGAAUCCGCUUACUCUCGGUAUCGAAACUGUCGGAGGCGUUAUGACCAAGCUUAUCACUCGCAAUACUGUCAUUCCUACCAAGAAAUCUCAGGUCUUCUCCACAGCUGCCGACAAUCAGCCCACUGUGACUAUCCAGGUCUACGAAGGAGAACGCCCAAUGACCAAAGACAAUCAUCAGCUAGGAAAAUUCGAUCUAACCAACAUUCCUCCAGCUCCUAGGGGAGUGCCGCAGAUUGAAGUAACCUUCGAAAUUGACGUUAACGGUAUUCUCCAUGUCACCGCUGAAGACAAGGGUACUGGGAACAAGAAUAAAAUCACCAUCACCAACGACCAAAAUAGACUGAGUCCCGAGGAUAUCGAGCGAAUGAUCAAUGAUGCUGAGAAAUUUGCUGAAGAUGACAAGAAAGUCAAGGAGCAGGUGGAAGCAAGAAAUGAACUGGAGUCUUACUCGUACUCGCUGAAGAAUCAAAUCGAUGAUAACGAGAAACUUGGUGGUAAACUUGAUGCUGAUGAUAAGAAGACUAUCGAAGUUGCUGUAGACGAGACAAUUAGCUGGCUCGAAAGCAAUCGUGAAGCAUCUGUAGAGGAGCUCCAAGAACGAAAGAAGGAUCUGGAAAGUAAAGUACAACCUAUCAUUAGCAAGUUGUACAAAGACGCAGGUGGUGGUGCUGAUACCGCUGAAGAAGCCGGCGGAACACCUACCGGAGAAGAAAAGGACGAGCUCUAAUCAUGACUGGUAGCUUUUCACAGUAUCUAUCUGAUUUAUUUUUUUUAUUCACUGUUAAUUCUGCUGUUGUGCCGCCCUACUUGUACCAUUGCUUAUUUAUCAACAUCGAUCCAACCAUCAAGUCACUUUACUCAUUUUAAGUGUAUAACUUCUGAUGAAAAGCCAUUGUUUGCAUUGACUGAUUAGAUAACGUUUGAUUUUCCAUAUAACCAAGACGUGGUAGAGUUUUACGUUGUACUUCGAUCCAAGAAAUUCAGUGUAUGUCUUAUCUUGUGUUGUGAAAUUAUGUUGCAAUCUCUUCACCUCUACUACUAAUACAUGCGCUUCGAUCUGAUGUUCUUGCAAUACGAUUGACUUAUCACUACAUAAUAAAAUGUAAUUUUGACGUUAAAGAUCAUCAAUUGUUGAUUUAUUUUGACCCGCACCAAUAAAGUUUUUUUAAAGC